CGGGGACGCACUGAACUCCUCAUCGGUCUAUCAUCCUCAGGUAAUCGGCGUCUGUUGGUACGCCUCGCUAGACCUACUCCCUUGGUAAGAGGGCUUCCGAUCGCUAUUUGCUCAUCAUCUAUACCUCUUUGCCACAUUCCCGCUUCUACAGCAAUAUCUUGUCUCAACGGAUCGUCCGGGAAAGUCCUGACGCUCGGCUCCAAGGAACAUGAUGACUUUACUCUUUACACCGUCGUGACCCCUAACGAGCCUUCUUGCCCAGCCAGCUAUCCCUCGGGAUUACGGUCGUCAUCCCCCGCUUCUAACGUGUUUCACUACUCUAUAUGCCUCAUGAUAGGCAGUUUUGAAAUCCAUGUAAGAAGGACCGUGCUCACUCAAACAAAUUACUUCAACGUCUAAAUAGUUUUGAAGGCCCACAGUGUUAUUUUGGCCGGAGGAACUCUUCGGCCUUUUGAGGAGUUCACAAGACAGAUUUUCUGGACUGUUGAUCGAUCUCGAUCCGAUAACACUUACAAUCGUUCUCGGACAUCGACUCCAAGCAUAAGCAAUAAGCCUGAUCGACGCAUCGAGGUUGUUGAAUUCGUAUGCGAUCAUGUAAUUUAUGCCAAAACCCAGUUAGCUGUAUAUCCAAUGAAGUCUACUCUGACGGACGGGUUAGACUGGGAUUUCACUUUUCGAGUGAGUGAUCUGUCGACUACGUUCUUAAGCAUCCCCUAUUUAUUUUUUAUUCUUGAUUAUUACAUAUAA